UGGCGCCGACUUGCAACAAUACGUGGCGUGAUUAUACGAAACAAAAACUUGGUUGGUGUUUUAAUAGUGUCUGUUUUACAAAAUACGUAAACAAUUAGACGUAAUCGUCCGUUCAAUUAUUUGAUCUGAUACAGUGGAGCCAACGGAAUGCACGAUUACCCUUACAAAAUAGAUGAUCUGUCCCACACCAGACCACCACGGAAAAUGGCGACUGUGAAAUAGAUGGAAGACGAAAGUAAAAAAUUAUUCAAUGCAGCGUUUAAAUUGUGCCCUGUGUCCAACCACGCCGCUCAGAGGUCAUGGCAUCUGAAAUGUCAUGUCUGACAGGUGUUGAUGAAGAUGACAAAGAUGCAGACCCUGAGAUCAAUGCCCUCACACUCCUGCAGGAACCAGUGAGAAUGGCACAAAAAUCGGCCUCUCGUGCUGAUUCUUUUGGCAAGCCUUCAGUGAAACAAAACCAUGUUCUAGAGGUUCUGUCAACCACAGAUAUGUUGACUCCAGUUGGCCUUGGGAAUGGACCAUCUUCACAUCAGGCUACGGAAGCCCAUGAACUGAACAGCAUCUCCACUGAGAAAGAGGAGGAAAAGAGCAUUACCCCACUAAAAACUGUUCAGGAAAUAGACACUGCAGGAAUUUGGGGGUUUGACGUAGAGUCACCUGAGAACUCAUUGGAUAAUUUUAGUAGCGCUAGCGACCUUCAUUGGGACCCUCACAAAGAGUUUAUGCAGUUUCUCUGGGAGAACCAUAGUGAUUCCCCCGGUGAGGAAUCCAAAGAGGAAGUCACUCCUGCCAACAGCCAAAGGAGAAGAAAACGGAAAAUGGACAUGGUUGUCAUGGUGGAUCCCUCAGAAAACCUUUAUCCUGAUCUGAGCCCCAAGUCAUCUGAGGAAUUGUCUGAUGCUGAGCCCCAGGUAGACUCCAUUCCUGUCAGGAAAGUUCGAAAUCCAAGGAACUUCUCAAAGUCACAAUCGCCACCUACAGGGAAGCUUCAGAAGUAUCCCAAUGGAACUGUAAAGGCCAUCAAGGAAAUUCUUUAUAGUGCACCUGCAAGAAAUUCUCAUGAGAACAGUAUAAGUCAUGGUCUUUCACCACUGAAAGGGAGACUCGCGCUAAAUUCCCAUUCACAGGGUAAACCAUCGUGUUACUCUUGCUCAAAAUGUAAGCUUAUAUUCAAGAAAGAGCAUCAUUUGCAUCGCCAUAUGAAGUCUCAUGUUGACCUUCCUAAUAAUGCGCCAAAGCCCUUUAUAUGCCGAGAAUGCGGACAGUCCUUCAGACAAAGUGGUUCACUCAUUGAACAUAUGUCCAUCCAUCAAGAAAAGAGAACAAGACUCACUGAAGAGACUAAAAGCACGAAUGAUAAGAAGAAAGAGGACAAAAAGUUUUUCUGCCCUCAGUGCCCAUUUGGAACAAACUGCCCAAACGCAUUUGUUCAACAUGCGAAAACACAUGAGAAGGACAAGAGAAAGUUUCGAUGUGACAAGUGUAGCUUCAGAAGUUUGAGUGAGACUGAACUUAGGAGACAUGACAUUAUGCAGCACACUAUUAUUACUGUUAGAAAGCAGGUCCAGGAUGAUGACCCUGAAAUCUUCUCCUGUAACGUUUGUUCUUAUAGGGCUUUUAGCAAAAAUGUAUUUAAGAAUCAUCUUCUGCGACGCCAUCAACAAAGUUUUGAGGAAUAUCAAGCUGCACAGAAAAAUGAACAACCAUCUAGAAAGCAGCAUGUGCCUCCUUGUAAAACUCCUGUUGAAGAUGCAGAGUUCACAUCUAAAAUUUCAAUAAAAAAUCAGAUUUCUUCUAAAAGAGCUUGUUCCCCUAAUGAGUCCAAUGACAUUUCAGACUUAUUCAAAAAUAGUAAGAUUAGAAGAGGUCCCAAGUCUCAACUAACAGAAUCAAAACUCGACAAAUCCAUUAAUGUUCUCCUGUCUCGACAAAGACAUGGAAAGAAGACUUCAGAACAGAAGAAAGAAAGCAAUAAUUACAGUACAUCUCUGCAGGAUUCUAAAAGUGACAAUGAGGGCUGUGAUGAGUUGCCAGAAACGUUGUCUGUCAAGGUUGAAGAUGUGGCUCUAUCCCCAAAUGGCCCAAAGUUGAACACAGGUUACUCAACUAUGAGAAAGUCACCAUCAAAAAGGAAGAUGUCUACCCCAUAUCGCAACACCUCUGACCAAGACUCAUGCUUCAUUUUACCAAAACCGUUGCCAAGUCCCAAGAAAAUAAACCAAGAAGACGAGAUGUCAGACUAUGAUGAAAAGGACAUGUUCCAGUUUAAGGAUACAGAUGGCAACACUAACCUGUUUGACAGUGACAUGAAAAAUGACAAACAAAACAUCAUUUACACCUAUAGCAGAAGAAUGUCCAUGAGGGGUGCUCUGCAAGCAUCUAAAAGGCUGUUUGAGAAAAUAAAGACGGAAGAGCAAGAACAGAAUGACACUGAAAUCAAAGAAGAAUGCAUAGAAACUGAAGUAUUUCAAGAAACAUUUGAAGCCCACCAAAUACCAUUGGGGGAAUCCCUUGAUGAUUUGUCAGAGUUGCAGUUGGAGUGCAAGAACUGUCCAUACUGCCCCGCAGUCUUUGAGUCAGGUGUUGGGUUGUCCAAUCAUGUGCGAGGGCAUCUUCAUAGGGUCGGACUAAGCUACAAUGCACGCCAUGUUGUGCCUCCUGAGCAGGUGGCUUCUCAAGAUAGGAGGCCACGAAUUCGUCGAAAGAUGUCUGCAUUCCGGCGAUUGAAAAAAGCAUUACAGCUCCAGUCGGAUUCUGAGACUGUGCAGGGCAUUCAUUCCUGUCCAUUAUGUGGGGACUCAUUUGAUAACAGGACUGGGCAGUCCAACCACAUACGGGGCCACCUCAAAAAGCUUGGUAAAAGGUUUGUUACGAAGAACAAAUCCCCAUUGCUCUUACUCCGGGAGUUGAUGCGUGACAAGAAGGAGUUUCAGCGAGCCGUUCAGAUUCUGGGAAAGAGACGGAACCAUUUCCAAUAUAGUGUUUCACCAAAGCUGCCCAGUGCUGAUCGUUUCACGUUGCCCUCCACUGGAAUCCCAAAAAGUAAUUCUAUUCCAAGCGUUUGCACUGAUGCCAAACCACUGAUGCCCACGUUUUCUCUAGCAGAGAUCAAAUCUGAAAAACGGCAACUGGAGACUAAGUUGGAUGUUAAAAAUUCACUCUCUGGCACAACUGCCUUGAUAGGAAUUCUGAAGAAAAGGAAAUGUCAGGAAGAUGCAAGACUAAAAGGAUCUUCUCAGUUGUCAAGAAACAUGUUAACAGUUUCUUCAAAUGGUGAGCACAGUUCAGGAUCAAGAGUUGUAUCAUCACUGCCAAACCCAAUAUCUGAGAAGGGCGAAUUCAACAGGAAGGUGUGCAUCCAUUGCAAUGCAACUUUCCACAGUGGGGUUAGCUUGUCAAAUCACCUCCGAGCAUAUGCAAAAAGAAAAAGGAUUGCCCUGCUUGAGGGAACCACAAUUGACUGUAAAGCAGUCAGGCAACGCUCAAGGCCUGGCUCAAAGAAGAAGACACUGCCUUUACCCCAGACUCCAGAGGAAAUGUACAGGCUCACCUGCAGGUUCUGUGACCUCGUCUUCCAGGGCCCCUUGUCGGUCCAGGAGGACUGGAUUAAACAUUUACAGAGACACAUUAUGAACACUAGUGUCCCCCACACUGGACUAGGCAUGGUAGAGGUCACCUCUCUGUCGACAAACCCCCCAACCCUCAAGACUGAUCAGGACAGCUCUUUGACAGUCACACAUGCUGCAUCAUGAGGCCAGUCCAGUGGGGACAUUUUUAGAUUUCACUAGACUGUAUGUGUAUGUAAAUUGGAUGUUCUUUCACUUUACUUUUUUUUUUUUUUUUUUUUUAGUCGAUGAACUACUGGCCAAAAGUACAAUAUUAUUCAGCGUUAGAGAUAUUGUACACAUUUGGACAGAUGGAAAAGUGAAUUAUUUUGGAUAUUGUUACCUUUGUCUGUUUUUACAUGGUCCAUUUGUAUGGAUUACAAUUCCAAGUGGACGGACUGUUUUCUUGUUUUAUGCAGUAAUGUAGUGUGGAAUCCAUUUCUAAUGAAGACAACUUUUACCUCAGAUUUCUCAUGGUUUGAGUCAGUUUUUGGUCAGAAUUUGGGAGCACAUCUCUUCUGUAUCAAUAUUCACAUAAAACAAACAGAUCAUGUUUCCUUUGUGCUGCAUCAUGUUCACAUCAAAACCCACAGUCUUUUUUUUUUCAGGCCAGAGUUACUGAGAUAAAUCUUUCAACU